UGUGUCCUGAUAAGUGUCAUGCGUGUACGUGGGAUGGUGAGUGUUGUCACGGCCAGUGUCUGGGUAGCUGUACUGAACCUAACACUGAUUCGUCUUGCGCUGCCUGUCUCCACUACUACCACGAGGGGCGCUGCGUUCCAGACUGCCCCCCUGAUACCUAUAAGUUUGAAGGCUGGCGCUGCGUCACCCUGGACUUCUGCUCCAGCGUCCACCUGCCCGACUUCGACCGCUUCGUCAUUCACAGAAGAGAGUGCAUGUCUGACUGUCCUUCUGGAUUCACACGCAACAAGAGCAAGAGUAUGUUCUGCAGUGCGUGUGACGGGCUAUGUGACAAGAUCUGUGAUGAGAAGGUCAUUGACUCCGUGGACGCAGCCCAGUCUCUGAAGGGAUGUACCGUCGUCAAGGGCAACCUACAAAUCAACAUCCGUAGAGGACAGAACAUAGUGUCUGAGCUGGAGAGUUUCAUGGGAUUGAUCCAGACAGUGACUGGCUACGUGAGAAUCAGACACUCUCAGACGCUGGGCUCCCUGUCCUUCCUCAAGAGCCUCCGCUACAUCAAUGGAGAGGAUCUGAUGGAUGA